GGGGCUGCGGGCACGGCGUGGGCCGGGCGGCUGCCGAGGCUGGCCGGGGUCGGCACGGCAGGGCCAGGUGCAAACCCUCUCUUUCCCUGGCUGCAGUCAUCCUACCGCCUUUGCUUUGCAGUACAGCCCCAAACCGCCAAGGCAAGCGCAGGAGCUUUCAGAAAGGUCCAAAUUGAGAAAUCCCAUCGGAAGCUCUUGCUCUUUGUCCAGUGAAAACAAAAUCACUCUCAUUUCUGCAUAGCCGAAGUCAGGAAAAAGGUCUUAGUCUAAAUAGCUUCCCUAUUUGGUAGGGGUUUCAGAGUUCCUCACUUCCAAGCAGACAGGUCAAAUGGGCGAAGGGGAAGUGAUGAAGAGACUUGAAGACAUUCUUUUGGACACACUCCAGCUCCUCAGUGUCCUUCCUGAACUGAGGGGCCCAGAACUGAACACAGCACUAGAGGUGUGGCCUCUCCAGUGCCUAAUGCAGGGGGACCAUCACUGCCCGACCCUGCUGCCACACCAUGUCUGGCACAGAACUUUUUGCCCACAUUCAGCAUCUCCGACACCCUUCCUGCCCCGUCUGGCUGAGACACGGCUCCAGCGGCGGGCAGGGAGGCGGCUGCUCCGCCGGGGCUGUGUGUGGGUGAGGGCAGCUCUGCCCACGCCGCCAUCUUUGGUGGGAGUGCUGGUGCCGGCUUUGCCCCCACUGAUGGGUGAGGGCGAAAGGGCGGCCGGACGGGGCGGUGGUGGGUCUGUGGGGAAGGCCAGGGCCAGGGAGAGCCGGGAGGUGGCUGUGUGGAGGAUGGAGGCAGCUGGGGGCUGGAGGCAGCGCACACCCGCAGAGGGAGGGAUGGGCCCGCAGCAUGUCCGGCUGGGGCUGUGGGAAGAUGCCGGGUUUAGCGGCAGGACCCCUGUGGGAUGUGGGAGAGUGGAGGAGGUGUGGGAGCAGCUGGUGUGUGUGGGAAGCUGAAUCACAGGAUCGGUCAGGUUGAGAUUGUAAUAAAUGGGCCAGGAUACCAGCUCCUUUUUAAUGCCCUUAUUGAGCGAUCAGCUCUGGGUGGGGGCCCGAGGGGUUGCACACUCCGCCGCUGCUCCCUUUGGCGACACAAAGGAGGAGGUGAUCAGUUCUGCUUCACAGCGGAACUGGGGCUUCCAUCCUCAUGGGCAUACCUAAGAAAAUGUCUUCUGGCUCAUUGGCUAGGGUCCUCAUUCUAGUCCAGUUCUACAGGUGAUGGUGACCUUUAAAACCAUGUUGGUGGAGUAGAGGGACUUCCUGCCAGUAGGUCCAGUCACUUAGUUCUUCAAAUUUUGGGCUGGCUCGUCGUUUCUAGGGUCUUGCAUUGGAUUUUCUUGAGCUUUUCUUAAUUUGCAUAUUCCCGGGAGUGUUUCCAGCUGCCAUUUUGGGGCGCAGCAGAGGCAAUACCCGAGGGAUUCAGUAAGGGUACAGAUCACCCUCAGGCAAGGCAGAGACCCUUGGAGCAAGUGACAGAGGAACACAGCCAGGUCUCCUGGCUUCUCUCCCUGAAAUCCCAGUUGGAUGUUAUGAACAGCAAAGUCCAAAGGCAGCGACUGUGCUAACUGGGCUUCCUGUCAAAGAGAUUUCACAAGACAUGGCAUACUGGUCACAUACUGGUUUAAAUAUAGAUCUUCUCCUCUCUGCCACCUUGAAAAUGAACAAGAAAAGCAGAGAGUGAACCUGGAUGAAGAUUUUUUUGCAAAGAGGGUGAUAAGGGAGAACUUGGAGAAGGUGGGAAUCUGUACGCUUCAGCCACCAUGUCUGGAAUUGGCAAUAAACGGACGGCUGGAGAGCCUGGCCCUUCUGCACCUCCAGAAAAGAAGGCAGGGGUUGAAGAUUCGGGCACUACUGUGGAGACCAUUAAACUUGGUGGUGUUUCUUCAGCGGAGGAGCUGGACAUCCGGACCCUGCAGACCAAGAACCGGAAGCUCGUGGAGAUGCUUGACCAGCGCCAGGCCAUCGAAGAUGAGCUGCGGGAGCACAUUGAGAAGCUGGAGCGUCGGCAGGCCACUGACGAUGCCUCUCUGCUGAUCAUCAACCGCUACUGGAAUCAGUUUGAUGAAAAUAUCCGCAUCAUCCUUAAACGCUUCGACCUGGACCAAAGUCUUGGAGACCUGUUGUCUGAAAGAAAAGCACUGGUGGUGCCAGAACCUGAACCAGACUCUGACAGUAACCAGGAGCGCAAAGAUGAGAGGAAACGAGGGGAAGGACUGGAGCCAGCAUUCUCCUUCCUGGCCACUCUAGCUAGCAGUACCAGUGAGGAGAUAGAAUCUCAGCUGCAGGAGCGUGUGGAGUCCUCCCGCCGUGCUGUUGCCCAGAUUGUGACAAUGUAUGACAAGCUGCAGGAGAAGGUGGAUGUGCUGUCUCACAAGCUGAAUAGUGGAGAUAUUUCACUGAUGGAAGAAGCAGUAGUGGAGCUGAAUACCUACCUGUCACAUGAGAAUGGACGGCUGCAGGAACUGGCUGAUGUUCUUCAGGAGAAGCACAGAGUCAUGUCUCAGGAGUUCUCCAAGCUGCAAGAGAGGGUGGAGACAGCAGAAUCCCGAGUGUCUGUCCUGGAGACCAUGAUUGACGACCUUCAGUGGGACAUUGACAAGAUCCGCAAGAGGGAGCAGAGGCUCAACCGCCACCUGGCUGACGUCCUGGAACGAGUAAAUUCCAAAGGCUACAAGGUGUAUGGAGCUGGGAGCAGCCUCUAUGGGGGAACAAUCACCAUUAAUGCCCGCAAGUCUGAGGAGAUGAAUGCAGAGCUGGAAGAGAAUAAAGAGCUUGCUGGGAAUCGCCUUAAUGAACUGGAGGAACUACGUCAGGAUCUUGAGGAAGUAACAACACAGAAUGAAAAGCUCAAGGCCAUGGAUGCAGCCCAGCUUGCAGAUGAUCUGAAGGCCCAGCUAGAGCUGGCUCAGAAGAAGUUACAUGAUUUUCAGGAGGAGAUUGUGGAAAACAGAGUAACUAGAGAGAAGGAGAUGUUCAACUUCAAAAGGGCUGAGGAAGAUAUUUCUAGGUUGCGCAGGAAGCUGGAAACCACAAAGAAGCCUGACAUGGUUCCCAACUGUGAUGAGAUCCUGAUGGAGGAAAUCAAGGAUUACAAGGCCCGCUUGACGUGCCCGUGCUGCAACAUGCGCAAGAAGGACGCAGUGCUCACCAAGUGCUUCCACGUCUUCUGCUUCGAGUGUGUGAAGACGCGCUACGACACGCGGCAGCGCAAGUGCCCCAAGUGCAAUGCAGCCUUUGGGGCCAACGACUUCCACAGGAUCUACAUCGGCUGAGGCCCUCUCAGAGCCCCUGCUGGUGCUGAGCCAGCCUCCUUCCCUCCCUCUCAGCUGCUGCUGCCUGAGCUGCAGUGUCUUCUGGGAGGAGCCUUCAGGGUCUCAAAAGAAACACACUCUGGAUCUUGCUUCCUUUCUUGGCCCUGUCCCUUUGGUCUUGCCCUCAGUUUUUGUGUGCUCUUUGUGCCUGAGAGGAAAUGUCUCAUCCCUUGCUUUCACACUGCCAAGGCGGGAACAUGCAGCUGAAGUGCUGCCUUGGUGGGAUGGAAGCUGAGCUGCCGCAGAGAUUAGUGAGAGCUUUAUUUGAGGGCUCUGCUUUGGAUGCUAAUUAAGUCCCAUCAAGGAAUGGCACUGCUCCUGAGAGGGAAGAGUUUCCCAAUUAACAGGCCCAAUAGAGACCAAGGAAAUUAAUCUGUAGACUCAGUGGAGCAAUUCCUUAGGUACCUGUGCACCUUCCUGAGUCAGGUGUACUAGGAAACCCUACCCCAAACAAACACAUCUAAAUAUCCCCAAGAGGAGAGAGAUCUUGGAGACCCUUAGAAAAUAGCAUUCCACUGAUGAGCCCUGGUUGAUGUGCUCACCUUCCCCUAGGCUGAAGCAUUGCUGUCAUUGUCCUUCUCAGAAAAGGACUUUUAGUGGUUCCUUUGCUGCAGCCUUACCAUGAAGAUUAACCUUGUUAUGUACAAAUUCUUAUUAAAGCUGUUCUUUGGUUUAUUUUUCUGGUUCUCCUGCCUCUGGUACUGUCUGCUCUCCCAUCCUUUGUCCAGUUCUUGGAAACAUUUCUCACAAGCUUUAAAUUUCUACAGUAGAGACACUUGGUCUCUUCCUUCCUCUCCUUUCAAAAUAUGCUCAGCUAGAACAACUUUUGUCCCUUUGGCUCUAUCCUCAGUAGCUUAUUCCUGGCACAACAGGAGGGCCAGGAUGCUGCAUUAUUUCUGCAGCCAUUUUGUCAUGACUUCUGGGAAUUUUGGCAGGGAUGUGGUGUGGCUUAGAGUCUCAGUGCUCCAUGUGCUUGGAGCAUUUGAAGCCUGUUCCUAAAAUCAAAACAGGAAGUUGAUUUGUGACAUUUCUUCCUAGGGUGUAGUGUUUCCCCUGUAAACUUAAUUUGUGUGGAAGGUGCACCUCUCAGAGGUUUGUCUCAUGGGUGUCCCUUCCCUGAAGCAUGGAAUCUCCUGCCUUCCUCCAUCCCCUCCCUGCAGGAAAUACCAGAUACAAAGUAAAAGGAGUUCAUCACAGGCUCUGACCUAUUAAUUAUCUUGGUGAAAACAUUCAGAAUAUAUGAGUAAAGCCUUGUAAAUUAUGAGGAAUCCUGAAAAGUGAGAAGGAACACUGCAUCCUGCCUUUCCAAGGGGAACCUGGGCUGCUGAGAGUUCCUGCCAUGGUGUAAGAGCUGUUAGAAGGAAUGAGAGUAGAACCCUCUCCCCUUUCCCUGGAAAUUGCUCCUGGGAUUACAGGUUCUGGCAGCAAGUUGGCUAAGGAAUGAUGUGGUAAUGCUGCUGGUAGAUUUUGAGGUACAGAUGCUUCUUCAUGACGCCAGGACCUGGCUCAUGAAUAAGCUGUCUGCAUCUUCAAAUAGCUUUCCUACAGCAGCAGGAGUUCCUUUUACAGCUGUGAACAGCAGCCUGAACUUUGCAGCCCCAGCAGAGCUGCAAAGCCCCUCUGUCCAUCCCCAGUCACUCUUGUAUCACCUUUCUACUGAAAUGAGCUUUGUGUGAACUCUGCCCAGGUUGGCAUCCCUCUGCUCCUGGCAGGAAAUGGAUACUUCAAACAAUUUGUAUUAGUUUCACGGAGGAGUUUUGGAAACUCCUGUUCUCCCUUAGCAAGAAAAAAGUCUUAGUUUUGUUUUAAAAUAAAAGCUUAUUUCAAGCUCA